AUGAUUGUGAUUAUGUUAUCUCCAGAGCAGAAACAACGCUUCUUUGAGGGACUCAGAUUGCCCAUGUCCCCUGCAGAAGUGUUGGAGGCUUUUGGUCAUCUUUUGACAAAGUUCAAGCAGCAGGAGAUAUUGAAUUACUCAGAGAUCUGGUACCUCGGUCUGCAGUCCCCUAAAAUCAACGGUUCAAAGAGCUCCCCACAGAACAACGGCUAUGAUGACUCAGAGAUGUACUAUUUGCAGGUCCCCCAUGACCACUUUGCCUACCGUUUUGAGGUGUUAGAGGUUUUGGGUCUAGGUACCUAUGUGCAGGUCCUAAAAUGCUGGGACCACAAGGAAGAGGAGUUUGUGGCUGUCAAGCUGCUGAGAAACAAAGAAUGCUUUUAUUCAUUUAGGAAGAAAGAGAUCGAGAUCCUAGAAGCCCCGCAAAAGGACAAAAUGAACAUCGACAAUGUCGUCCAUAUGAAGGAUCACUUCUGCAUCCGGGAACAUUUUUGUAUCACCUUUGAACUACUGGGAAUAACCCUGGAAGAGAAGAACAGGGCCAACAAGAGCCUCAGCACAUCAGAGGUGAGGAAGUAUGCCACCUCCCUCCUGAAGUGUCUCUCGCUGCUGAAGAAAGAGAAGAUCAUACACUCUGAUCUCAAACCGAGGAAUAUUGUUCUGUCAAAUGAAAACCCAGACAGCCUCAAAGUGAUUGACUUUGGCACAAGCCACUAUGAGGAAGAGGCUAUAGCCAAUUCCUACAUCCAGUCUUUGCCCUAUCGUGCUCCAGAGGUGAUCCUGGGCCAUGUCUGUAGUGUUGCCAUUGACGUGUGGAGUCUAGGCUGCAUUAUAUUUGAACUCUGCACUGGACAAAAGCUUUUCCAGGGUAAUGGCAAGGAAGAGCAACUGUCCUUCAUGAUAGAGGCACUGGGUAUGCCACCACAAGAGUUUCUUGCAUUGGCACCAUAUAAGAACAUAUUCUUUGACUCCAAGGGCAUGCUGAUUCAUAAACAGAACAGUGAAAAGAAAAUUGCGCUGUCCAGAAGAAAAAAUCUAGCCAGCAGGAUGAGGACCAAGGAACCGCAUCUCCUGGACUUCAUUAAGCACUGCUUGGAGUACGACAGCUCCCUCAGAAACACUAUGAGACCUGAACAAAAGGAUGACACCAGACGAGGCCAUGCAGCGUCCUUGGAUCUUGUAGCAUAA